AUGGAAGAGGAAGACGACGAUUUCUACACUCAGAACGGUGACGCUACCGUCAAGAACGAGCAACCUACAAACCAAGACGACCCUAACGAGCAACCCGACAUCAACUCAGACGAUGAAGACGACGAUGACGAUGAUGAAGAUGAUGAUGACAGCGACAUUGAUAUUAUCACUGAGCACAAGGACGGUCUUGUUCCAGAACCUCCACAAGCUCGUCCCUUCCGCGGCAUCAAACCCGAACCUCCUGCUCGCACCGCUUCCAUCGACGCCGCCCCUACCCAACAGAACCAACAGACGCCCACUCUAAAAACAGAAACUUCGACUACGCAGAACAAGAAGCUAGUCUCGUUAAAGGACGGCUCCAAAUACCCUGAAGUUCGCACUUCCUCAAUAGACGUCAAUGCCACUCCUACAUGGGAUCCUGCUGGAAAGCUCAUCACCGAAGUCGACAUUGACGCAGACCUUGCCGAACACACAAAACCCUGGCGUCUACCCGGCACCGAUCAGACUGAUUUCUUCAACUAUGGUUUUGACGAGUUCACCUGGACCCAGUACUGCUUGCGCCAGCAAAACAUGGCUUCAACAAUCCACAACCAAAAGGCAGAAACCAAGCAAUUCGAGAUGAUGUUGACAGGUGGAGGCAUGCCUGGACAAGCUGCUCCUACCGGUCCACAAGCUGCUCCACCAACCGGUCCCAUGGGCAUGGGCAUGCCUGGAAUGGGAAUGCCCGGUAUGCCCGACAUGAACCCCGAGAACAUGGCCGCCUUCGCCAGCGUCCUGCAAAGCCAAGGCAUCGACCCCAGUCAACUCGACUUCAACACCUUCAUGCAACACUACCAGCAAGCCUCUAUGGGCGGCGGUCAAGGCGGUUACGGCGGUCAAUCCAUGCAGCCCCAACAAUCAAAUCAAGGCUACGGCGGUCAACAACAGCAGUCAUUCCAACAACAAGGUCCAGGCUUCCGUGGAGGAACACCACAGCCCGGUCAACAGGGCCAACAAGCUCAAAAUCAAGGCUUUGAUGGUUACAGUCAACAACAGAUCGCUAUGAUGCAGGGUCAAGGAGGCAUCCCAUCAGGUCCUUCGGGUGGUCGCGGACGAGGUAGAGGAGGUCGGAGAUGGCAAUAG